AUGGGUUCAGCUGCACAUAAACAAAAACAUGCAGGAGGUCAACCACAAGUUGCUGGACAACAACCUCCUCCCCAACAAAUGCCCAUGCAACAGGGAAAUGUUCAGCCUGCACCAGUCCAACAGCCAAUGCAGCAAGGACAAACUUUUGCUCCUCAACAGCAACCAGUUAUGGUUCCAAUGCCACAGCAACAACAACCGGUUAUGGCUCCAAUGCAACAACAGCCAGUUAUGGCUCCAAUGCAACAACAACAACAGCCAGUUAUGGCUCCAAUGCAACAACAACAACAGCCAGUUAUGGCUCCAAUGCAACAACAACAACAGCCAGUUAUGGCUCCAAUGCAACAACAACAACCAGUGAUGGUUCCAGUUCCUCAACAACAACCAGUUAUGGCUCCAAUGCCACAACAACAACAACCAUUUAUGGAUCCCCAGCAACCUAUGAUGAUGUCUAACGCGCCUCAACAACCACCUCAGAUGUUCUCACAGCCAGCUCAAGGUGGUUAUAUGUAA